UGAAAGUAGGUGGCAGCACUUUCUUCUGUGAUUGUAUUUAGUGGUCUUGGCUUAAGAAAAUGACUGUAGUGGUCUGUUCUGGCAUAACCAGUAGGUCUUCCUUUCCCAAGGUUGUUCGCCAUAUUGGGCAGGUUAUAUUCUGUAUAAAAUGUGGCAGUCCAUGUUAGAAACAGCUAAAAACAAUCCAUUUGGAAAUCCAUUCCAUGUAGCUUAUUGCGAGUCCUCUUCGGAUAAGAAUUUGGUGCCUGGUAGAAGUAUAUUGGCCGCUGCUGCUACUACUGAAAAAGGAGACAGCUGUGAAUUUGGCUCCAGAAAGUACUUUGCGCUAUGUGGUCUGGGAGGAAUUCUCUCCUGUGGAAUUACUCAUACGGCCAUUGUCCCUCUAGAUUUGGUCAAAUGCAGGAUUCAGGUUAACCCUGCCAAGUACAGAUCUAUUGUAACGGGAUUCAGGGUAACAAUUCAGGAGGAUGGAACACGUGGCCUGGCUAAAGGAUGGGCACCAACAUUCUAUGGCUACUCUAUGCAGGGUCUUUUCAAGUUUGGUCUAUACGAGGUCUUCAAAGUUUUCUAUUCUAAUUUGCUGGGAGAGGAGAAUUCAUACGUAUGGCGGACAACACUUUACCUAGCAGCUUCUGCAUCCGCUGAAUUCUUUGCAGACAUUGCCCUGAGUCCCAUGGAGGCAGCGAAGGUACGAAUUCAGACGCAGCCUGGGUUUGCUAGUACGCUACGGGCUGCCAUGCCAAUAAUUUACAAAGAUGAGGGUCUGAAUGGAUUCUACAAAGGACUUGUUCCCCUUUGGAUGAGGCAGAUUCUUUUUUACACCAUGAUGAAGUUUGCGUGCUUUGAGAAGACGGUAGAGUUACUGUACAGGUAUGUUGUACCAAAGCCCCGUAAUGAGUGUAGCAAGGCAGAACAGCUAGUGGUAACAUUUGCUGCUGGCUACAUAGCUGGAGUAUUCUGUGCGAUUGUUUCUCAUCCUGCAGACACAGUUGUAUCGAAACUGAACCAGGAGAAGGGUUCUACUGCUCUUGAGGCUGCAAAGAAACUUGGCUUUGCUGGUCUGUGGAAGGGUCUUGCUCCCAGGAUCAUUAUGAUCGGCACUCUGACAGCCGCUCAGUGGUUCAUAUAUGACGCGGUGAAAGUGUGGCUGCGUAUGCCACGACCCCCACCACCUGAGAUGCCAGAGUCACUAAAACGAAAACUAGCGGCCAAAGAGCAGUAAAUUGAAUCAUACCUUUGAAAUAGAUUAAAUUUAGGUAAUUCCACAUGUUUUAACUUUAGACUGUUGUAGGUUUUUGAGAUUAUGGAUAUUAUAAAAGCCAGGGAUGAUUAUCGCAGGAUGUGAUUUCACGUUCAUCUUUAAACACAGCUUUCUCGCUCGUGGAAGUAAAAUCAAGGUGGAAAUUCAGCCAAAGAAGUCUUUUUCAACUCUUGCAGGAACUGCUUAAUUUGAGUAGCUAAGUUCGGAAUAUUUUGUUACACAAACUUUGAAAACUGUUAAUUGUUUUCUAAAUUUCUGUAUGUGAGGAGCACUGGUGAAUGAAAAAAAUUCUGCUGUGUCUAUAAAUCAAGUCAAAUUUAUGUGGAAAAGUCUUACGAAGUAUCCGUUGAAAAUCGGAAUCACGCUUUCAAACCGGAGCGUGAACGUCCUUGGCGUUCAGUAUUGAUUGAAGCCGUGGUAAAAACUUGUUAUUUAUUAGUCACAUUUCUAUUUAAAUGUGGCUAUAAAUAAAGUUUAGUUGAAUUGGAUAUUGUGUACAGUGUAAUAUAAUAAAUAAAAUGUUGCACAGUC